AUGAAAGAAUACUCAAAUACAUUUUUUACUUCACAAACAAUUCCAGAUCAAUUAAACGAGUUUUUUGAUAUUGCAUUAAAAGAAGUAUCACAGAGCCAAAGUAAGAAGGGACCAAACAAUUAUAAUAAAAAAAUAUCUUCAGAUAAUGAUCGUGAUAUUUAUAUUGAAGGUCAAGACUAUGACGAUGAUGACGAAGAAGAUGAAGAAGAAGAUAAUGAAUAUAAUACAAACAAUGGGGCAGAUUCAUAUGAUAAUAGUUCAAAUAAAAAUCAUGAUGAUGAAGAAGAUGAAAACUAUAGCAGUGAAGAUUACAAAUAUUGUUUAAUAAAGCAACAACAACAACAACAACAGCAACAACAACAAAAAUCACUUAAAUCAAAUAGUUACUCUUUAUAUGAUGAAGAUAAUAAUAGUAAUAAUAGAAGACCAUCAUUAUCAAAGCAACAACAAAGACAAGAUGAUGAAGAAUCCAAUAGUCAUAAUAGUUAUAAUUUAUCUGGUACUAAAAGAACAAGAGAAUCACCAUCAAUGUUAUCAUUAAUAAAUAAAAAUAGAAUUAAUAAUAAUUAUGUUAAUGAUGAAGAAUUUAAUGAAAAUGAAGAAAAUAAUAAUAAAAAUAUUAAAUUUAAUAAUAAAAUGACACUAUCACAAACUCCAGAAAACAACAAUAAUAAUAAUAGUGAUAACAAUAGUGAUAAUGAUAAUGAUAAUGAUAUUGAUAUGGAUGAUGAAGAGCUAAGAAUUGAUAAUGGUAAAGAUGAAGUUGAUUAUGAUCAAAAACCAAAUCAAGGAAAACAACAACAACAUCAAAUUGAAGAUGGUUUUGAAUUAAAUUCAAACCAACCUUUAAAAAAGAAGAAAAUAAUAAAAGAAGAUAAUGAAGAUCAAAGUGAGGAUCAAAAUGAAGAUCAAAAUGAUUUAACAAACAAAAACGAUGAUGAAGAAAAUAAAAACUAUAACAAUAAUAGUAAUAAUAGCUCAUCACAAAACAAUAGUUCUUUAAAAGAUCAAUCACCAACACUUCAAUCAGCUAAAAGAGUUUUGUUAAUUAAACCACCAAGAUCACCAGCAAUUAAUUCACGCACAAAUAAUAAACCAUCAGUUAUUAUUGGAAAUCAAAAUAACAAUUCAUCUCCAUCCAUUACCCAAAUUACUAAGCCAAUCAAUAGUCCAACUUAUAAAUCACAAAUUUCAUCACCACCACCAUCUGGGAAAGUUCUUUUACCACCAAGUCCUGGUUUACAAUCAAAAAUACCAAUAAUUGGUGUAUUUGCACAAAAAGCUAAAAAUAGUCAAUCACCCUCACUUUUAUCUUCUCCAGGCGGUAUUAAACCUCAGCCAUUAAACUUACAACAACCUCUUCUGCAACAGCAACAACAACAACAACAAUCAAAUAGUAAAAGUUUAUCAUCACCGAUAAUGUCAUCAAGUAAUCCUGCCAAUGUAAAUAAAAGUCCAAUUACAAUUUCAAUUCCAAGAUUUAAAAAAAAUACUACCAAUUCUUCACCAUCAACACAACCACAACAAACCCAACAGCCUCAAUCACCAUCAGUUACAUCUGCAGGUUCAAAUACAGUACCACAAAUGAUGUCUCCACUAUCAUCAUCGUCUGCAAUACCCUUUCAAAUUCCAAAUUUUAGAAAGAAUCCACUUUUCCCUGGCUCACCAUCCAUGGCUAGAAAUGGUGUACCACCUGGAAUGAGAGGUAUCCCAGCAUCUCCAUUACUUUCAAUGGGUCUCAAUUCUUGUGCAAUGAAUAGUGAACCAUCAGGUCAAAAAUUAAAUACUGUUGAGGAGGAUGAAAAUAAAUCACCAACUUCAAGUAACACAACAACAGGAAUAACAAAUCCAUACCAAAGUGGUCAAGUACCAAUGCCGGGUUUAAUGAAUCAAGGUGCAUUUCCAAUGUUUCCAAUGUUUGGUAUUCCUCCAUUCAACUUAAAUUCACCAAUAAAUAUGGAGACAACUUUUAAUAGUCCAUUUAAUGGUAAACUUUCUAUUAAAGGUUCUUUAGAUUUCGGUUUUCAAAUUGAGUGUAAUAUAAUGGGUAAAAAUUUCCAAGGUUUCCUUUCUUCAGACUCAAAUCAACCACAACAAACACAACAAUCACAACAAACACAACAAUCACAACAAUCACAACAAUCACAACAAUCACAACAAUCACAGCAAUCACAAACAAACCCAAUGUUUAAUGGUAUGCCAUUCUUUGGUACUGGUGUAGGACCUGGACCAAUUCCAAAAUCACCAUACUUUAAUAGUUUAAGAAGAAAUAGUGUUAGUACUGCUGAAGGUUUAAGUCAAUUUGAUUAUCCAAACUAUAAUCAAUGGCAAGAAUUUUUACAAAAGAACUCAUUAAAUCCGCAAUCACAAAAUAAUAUUUAUCCAAACCAAACAUCACAAAAUAAAGAUUCAUCGAAUCAAUCCACUCCAAUGCAAACUCCAAAAUCUGGUCCACAUAUAAUUGUAAAUAGUGUAAAUAGUAAUAAAAAAGAAUCAAAUGAUUCAUCAAUAAAUAAAACAUCAAUUGAAACUUCAACAACAUCAGUAGCUGAAAACCCUGACUUUCAAAAAUUUAAACAAAACGCUUUUCAAAAAUUAGAACAAUACCAAAAGAUUCAAAUCUUUAAUUUAUCAACUAAACAAGAUGAAGCUAUAGAGAAAUCUGAAGCUCAGCAAAAGGAUGAUCAAGAUCUUGUUUCGAAACUUCAACUAAAAUUUAAAGAGGAUCAAGAGAAAUUACAAAGUGUUCAUAAAGAUCAACGAUCCAAAUUAGAUUUAACUCAUCAACACCAAGCCAUUAAAUUUCAUAAUGAAGUCGAAAAGCAGUGGUUAAUUCAAAGAAAUAAUAAAAACUCGAAAUCAUCUUUGUCUCCAGUUGGUUCACCAGCACUAACUCCAUUUAUUUCACCCUCACCUUCACCUUCACCACUAUUAUCAUCAUUUGGUUUAGGUACAAGUCCAUUAAAUACACCAAGUCAUUUAUUAAAACAUCAUCAUCCAUCACAAUCCUCAUCCUUAUCAACAUCUUUAACUUCGACAUCACAAUCACAACAACAAGGUACCCAUGGUACUGCUUCCUCUUCUGUUAGUUUAGCAAAUUCUACUUCAAGCGGUGCAAAUUCAGGUACACCUCCACCACUAUCAUUAUCCUCUAACUCACCACCAAGAUCACCAAAUGAUAAUAAAAUAUCAAUACCCUCCAAUUCAAUAAUUGAAAACGAUAAAGAAUUUAAUGAUCAAAAUAAAAAACUCGAUAAUGAUAAUGAAAAAGAUGAUGAAACUAAAGAAUUAAAAAAUAAAGUGAUUUUAGAAAAUAAAAAUGAAGAAAAAGAAAAAGAAAAGGAAUUAGAAAAAGAAGAAAAAGAAAAAGAAAAAGAAAAAGAAAAAGAAAAAGAAAAAGAAAAAGAAAAAGAAUCAAUUAUUAAAGAUAUUGAAAUGAAAGACUCCUCUCCAUAUGGCCCAGGAUGUAAUGAAGAGUGUGUGCAAGAAUUGAAAGCUUCUAUGGAUCAAAUAAUUAGAAUUUUACAAUCUUUAUCAUUAAUAAACCAAUCUGUUAAGGUUAAUGAAGAUGGAAGUGUUCCCCAGUUCAAUUUGUAUGACGUACUUAAUUACUAUUCGGGGAAUGAAGAGGAUAUUGAAAAUAAAAAUAUUCAAGAUCUAUUUAAAAUCAAUUUAUUAGAUUUAGAUUUCCCAGAUAGGUUAAAAAGAACUGACAUACCAAAAGAAUCUAAAAAUACAAAUGAAACCAAACCAGACAAAUAA